UCUGUAGUAGCUAUGGUCAUUUCUGGGCUGCCUCUGGCACACCUGGUGGCCGUGGUUGAUGAAUGACAUAAGCUGCUGCUGCUAAAUCCCCGAGGGCUGUCUGGUGCAGACGUCUGAUUGCUGACAGUGUAUUUUAAGGAGUAUGCAAAUAACCACAUUCGAUUAUUUCAGUGCAGUUAUAACCUCAUGAAGUAGACGCACUUUUGGUUACUUUAUGGGCUCCUUUUUCUACCACCCUUCACCCUUCUAACCUCCCAACACCAGGUAGAAGACAGAACGCUAGACGUGAAAGCAGCAUUGAUAUUGUUAGACUACUUCCUGCUGACUAGGGGCGUUGAGUUUCUUGAGAGAAGUUUGAUCUUGGGCAUGAGGCUAUCCGAUUUCUUCUCGUUUCUAGUCUGUGCAUGACCACAUGACAAAACGCAACAGAUCUCAAGAACAGCGACCAGCAGGAGAAGCAGCAGCUACAGCCCCUCUCUUGGCUCUAGCACUUAUAUAUGCUCUCAAGAGUCCCCAGAGUUCCAAAUGCCAUAACCUUGCUGAAACUGUGUAUAGCUGGCAAAAUCAAGCCCCUGCCAGAGCAUGAGGCAAGUCAUAGACUCCUGCUGUGGACAAUCUGAAGUAGUCCCAUAUCCCACCCCUGGGAUUAAAACCAUGGUUGCAUACACCUAAUCCUAGCACUUGGAACACAGAGGCAGGUGGAUCUCAGUGAGUUGGAGGCGAGCCUGGUCUACAAAGUGACUUCAGGACAACCAGGGCUGUUAUACAGAAAACAAACAAACAAAAACAUAUUCCCAUAUCAUUUGUAUAUUUUUAAGGAAACCAGAAUUCUAACUACAGACAUGUCUUCGCAUUUCUAAUGUGUUCUACUGUAAAGUGUAUUGUCUUACAUAAACUUUCUUUAUUGCUGCUCUCUUUGCUCUUGUUCAGCUUCUCAGAUAUUACUUUAGAGCCUGGCCAUUCAUGUAAUGGCUUUUAUAUUACAGGAAAAUGUGUGUAUGUGUGCUACCGGGAACUAACAUAUUCUUGCUUUCUCCUUGUCUUUCAGAUUUGGAGAUAGAUUAUAAUGCUGGAAGCAUAUCUCCAGAAAACCCUAUUAAUGAAAAAUUUCCCAAACAGAGCAUAAAGCAAUUAGGUAGAAUUCUUGAUCUCAAGGGCUCCAGGUUUAGUAAUGGUCCUAACUGUAGUAUAUUCAAUGGACUACAGGGUUAUCAAGAAGGAGAUGCUGAUCAAACGGUUACUAACAAGGAAGAAAUGCCUGCUUAUACCAGCCAGACUCUUGCUCACAACAUAGAAAAGGCAUAUGAAUGUAAAGAGUGUGGGAAGUGCUUUGGCUGUAGGUCAACUCUUACUCAGCAUCAGAGUAGUCAUACUGGAGAGAAGCCCUAUGAAUGUAAGGAAUGUGGGAAGGCCUUCAGACUCCCCCAACAUCUUACAAGACAUCAGAAGUCUCACAGUGGUGAGAGACCUUUCAAGUGUAAUGAAUGUGGAAAGGCUUUUCAUCUUCCUAACCUACUCAAGUACCAUAAAAUCAUUCAUACAGGUGAAAAACCAUUUGAAUGCAAAGAAUGUGGGAAGUCCUUCAACCGGGUCUCCAACCUUGUUGCACAUAGGAUUAGUCAUGCUGAUGUGAGACCAUAUGAAUGUAAUGAGUGUGGGAAAGCCUUUAAACGUCGCUCAAACCUUGUGCAACAUGAGAAAAUUCAUUCUGGUGAGAGACCCUUUCAGUGUAAGGACUGUGGAAAGGGCUUCAUUGAUCUGUCACAGCUCACUAGGCACCAGAACAUUCAUACUGGAGAGAAGGCAUUUGAAUGCCAUGAAUGUGGGAAGGCCUUCAGACUCCCCCAACAGCUUACAAAACAUCAGAAGUCUCACAGUGGUGAGAAACCUUUCAAAUAUAAUGAAUGUGGAAAGGCCUUUCAUCUUCCUAACCUACUCAAGUACCAUAAAACCAUUCAUACAGGUGAAAAACCAUUUGAAUGCAAAGAAUGUUGGAAGUCCUUCAACCGGGUCUCCAACCUUGUUGAACAUAGACUUACCAAAAGCCUCAUGCAACAUCAGAAAAUUCAUUCUGGUGAGAGACCCUUUCAGUGCAAGGAAUGUGGAAAGGGCUUCACUGUUCUGCCACAGCUCACUUGGCACCAGAGCAUCCAUACUGGAGAGAAGUCAUUUGAAUGUAACGAAUGUGGCAAGAAAUUCAGAACUGCCACACACCUUGUUAUGCACCAGAGUAUUCAUACAGGUGAGAAACCCUUUGAAUGUAAUGUAUGUGGCAAGGCUUUUCGGCUUCAGGUAUACCUUUCUGAGCAUCAGAAAACUCACAUGACUUUCAAGUGUAAGUUCUGUGGGUCAGCCUUCAGAAGUAAGUACCAACUUAGUAAACAUCACACAAUUCAUACUGAUGAAAAACCCUAUCAGUGCAAGGAAUGUGGGAAAUGCUUUCGUCAAAGGUCCAAUUUUACUGAUCACCAGAGUAUUCGCACUGGAAACAAACCCUUUGAAUGUAAACAAUGUGGGAGGUUCUUUAGACUUAAUACACUUCUCAUUCGUCAUCAGAAAUCUCACAGUGGCCAGAGACCUUAUGAGUGUAAAGAAUGUGGAAAGGCUUUUCAUCUUGCCAGCCAGCUUAAUUACCAUAAAACUGUUCAUACAAAUCAAAAACCAUUUGCUUGUGAAGAAUGUGGGAAGUCCUUCAAGCGGGAAUCCAGUCUCAUUCAACGCAGUGUUAUUCAUGGUGGUGUGAAAUCAUAUGAAUGUAAUGAAUGUGGGAAAGCUUUUAUUCACCGCUCAAGCCUAUUACACCGUCAGAAAAUUAAUUCUGAUGAGAAACCUUUUAAGUGUCAGGAAUGUGGAAAGGCCUUCGUAGUUCUGGCAUACCUCACUCGGCACCAGAGCAUCCAUACUGGAGAGAAGCCAUUUGAAUGUUAGCAGUGUGGAUCAAGCUUCAGAUUUAAGUCUCAACUCAACAAACAUCAGAGAAUUCAUACUGAUGUGAAACUCUUUCAAUGUGUGGAAGGUGAAACGGACUUUGUUUAUGGACCAGACCUUAGCAUUCAUCAGGGCAUCCAUACUGGUGAGAAUCCCUUUCAAUGUGAUGAAUAUGGGGAAUCCUUUCAACAUCAUAACCAAUUUUCUCGGACAUAUUAGAAUUCAUACUGUAGGAAACCUUAUCCCUGUAAAGAAUGUGGAAAGUACUUCAAUUUGAGUUCAGGAAUUCAUUCUAGUGUCAAACACUAUGAAUGCAAGGAAUGUAGAAACAUUUAUAGAAUUCAAGCUCUUCAGAUAAUCCAUUAAGGUUUGAAACCAUGUGAAUUCGAAGAAUCAGGAAAAGUCUUUAUUGUAAGUGGUGAGUUUACACAACAUCAGAAAGUCAGUAAUAGCCAGGAGUCUUAUGCAUGUAAGAAAGGUGGACAAGCCAUUGUAUGAAAAUUUUACUGAACAUCAGGGUGCUCAUAUUGGGAAUACUAUGACUAAAAAUAAUGUGGGAACUUUACUCUGGAGAUGGUGAACAUUGGUAUCUUCAUAUACUGUUAAUGUCAAGAAACUCUUUGCAAUGAGAAUAUGGGAAGUUGGUUGUUCAGAGAAGAUACUUUCUUGAGAAUUUUAUGUCAGAAAUCCAGGGUAGCGAUCAUGUUCUUUAUUUACUCUCCUCUUGUUAGUUGUAUAAAUUUUAUUCCUCAAUCAAUAGUCAUCCAGGAUAAUCAAUUUAGGAAGAAGAGUUAUUGGAACUGAGAUGUUAUCAUUGUCAUCAUUAACAGUCCAUGGGUCCUGUGAUAUUAGACUGGAUGUUUCAUUUUUUCAUAAUUUAUUAAUGGCCAGCACAGUACCAGCCAUGUUAUGUCAACAGAGCUAUAAAUAGAUAAUUUAAGAGUAUUUGAUUAGGGGCUGGAGAGAUGGCUCAGCGGUUAAGAGCACUGACUGUUCUUCCAGAGGUCCUGAGUUCAAAUCCCAGCAACCACAUGGU